GGGGGUCGCGUUUAGUUAUUGUUGUGGCAGGGGAUAAUUGGGAAAGAUUUGAUGGGAUUUUUGGAUAGGGGUAUUGUUUUGUGAAGGUGUGCGAUUUGCUUUAGAUGGGGGAUGGGCUCGCGAAACUUUAACCACUUCAAUGACUUGCUGUCGAGAGCUUGAUUUAUGUUGCAUUAAAGCGUCCGUCUGUAUUUUUCAACUUUUUAAGCCACGCGUGACAUCGCUUACAAUGUUAGCACGUGUUUAUAGACUAUUUGAGGAUUCGUAAUGGAGAAGGGCGUUAAUAUGCAUUGCUUUCAGACGUCAAGCGGUUAAUGGUGUCUUGUCUCUCGGAUCGGUCUGACUCGCCCCCCGGUUGCUGCAUUUGUCCCGGGAUGACCUGUUGAUGUCGGGAAAAGAUGGAGCCGAGCCCCCCUUCCCCCUCCUCCAAAAUGGAGUAGAAUUUAACCACAGAAUAUUUUAUGUGUAAUCCAAUGAUUGCGCCGCGCGCAUACAAAUAUGACUACUACCUAAUUUGCGAGCAUGCAGCGGGAUAAUGAUGAUGAUGAAUAAUAACGCACGCAUGUGGAUGUUGCCGGGCGAAUCGAAACGUUUUAGGUGUAGAUAUCAUGGUAUGUGCAGGACUGUAACUCAGCCCGACAUUGCAUAGCAUUGCACUGGCACCGAGGGGGCGAGGGAAACGGAUGUGGGCUUCUCAAUAAUUCAUCAAUCAGACUAUUUUGGUGACAGGAUUUUUGAAGGCUGAGCAGCUUUUUGGUCGCCGCAUCAAGUGUGGAGACCAGGCAGUUCGGGAAUUAUUUUAAAAUUGUCCCCCCCCUCUCCUCGGGGCCCGUGCCAACCCGGAGCUCGUGUCCAGCUGGGCAGCGGUGCGGGGCGCACACACUCACCGGGUACCGCAGCCCUGCCGCGGCUGCCACAUCACAGAAACACCGGCGCCCGACUCUCAGCAACUCUGUAGUGCUGAGCUUUACGAUAUGGCUCAGAUGCUGCAGAUGGCGAUUCCCAACUUUGGCAACAAUGUCUUGGAGUGUCUUAAUGAGCAGAGACUUCAGGGACUGUACUGUGACGUGUCAGUGGUGGUGAAGGGUCACACAUUUAAAGCCCACCGGGCAGUGUUGGCUGCCAGCAGCUCCUACUUUCGAGAUUUGUUCAACUCUGGAAGUAAGAGCUCUGUCGUGGAGUUACCACCAGCAGUCCAGCCUCAGAGCUUCCAGCAGAUCCUUUCCUUCUGUUACACCGGCCGGCUUAGCAUGAACUUGGGUGAUCAGUUUCUUUUAAUGUACACCGCAGGAUUCCUGCAGAUCCAGCAGAUCAUGGAAAAAGGCACAGAGUUCUUCCUGAAGGUCAGCUCACCGAGUUGUGACUCACAGGGCCUUCACACAGAAGAAACCCCACCCUCAGAACCCCAGAGCCCUGUUACUCAUACUGGAAGUGGUACUGUAGGAGGGGGUGCAGUCCCCACGGCAACGGCUCGACCUGCUUCCUGCCUAACACCCCUUCCUUUGGUGUCAAGGGUGAAGACAGAGCAGCAGCCUCAGGCCCAGCAGCCCCAACAAGAAGCAUCAUCAUAUUCGGUGGUUUGCACUCCAGUUGCUAAGCGUCUUUGGGAGGGAGGUAGCCGUGAAGGAGGUGGAGGAUCAGGAGGAGGGGGAGGUAUGAGGAAAGCGGCACGUUAUUCGCAGGAGGUGGCACGGGGAACAGGAGGGGCACCGCCUCAAAGUGCAUCCUUAUUGGGUGGAAGCGGUACCACUAAUAGCAACAGCAACAACAACAACAACAACAACAGCAGUAGCACACCGGAAGGCACCAGCCCAGGCACACCCAGCAUGUACACCAGUGAUUCGCCGAUCUCUUACCACGACGAUGAUGAAGAAGAGGAAAUCACAGAUGAAAACACAGAAGAACAGUACAGACAAAUCUGUAAUAUGUACACCAUGUACAGCAUGUUGAAUGUAGGGGCAACAGCCAGCGAACGAGUAGAAUCACUACCAGACCACCUCACAGUUGAAUCAAGAGGAAGAGGAGUACGAGUGAGGCAAGAUCUGGCCUCUCUUCCCACUGAGCUCAUUGCACAGAUCGGAAACCGCUGUCAUCCUAAACUCUAUGAAGAAGGUGACCCUGCUGAGAAACUGGAGCUAGUAACAGGCACCAGUGUUUUUAUUUCACGUGCUCAGCUGAUGAACUGCCACGUUAGUGCGGGCACACGCCACAAAGUGUUGCUCAGGCGGCUACUCGCUGCCUUUUUUGACCGAAGCACUCUUGCAAACAGCUGUGGGACAGGAAUUCGAUCCUCCACAAAUGACCCCAACCGCAAGCCACUCGACAGUCGGGUUCUCCACGCUGUUAAGUUUUACUGCCAGAACUUUGCUCCUAGUUUCAAAGAGAGCGAAAUGAACGCGAUCGCUGCAGACAUGUGCACCAAUGCACGGCGCGUGGUACGCAAGAGCUGGAUUCCGAAACUGAAGCUUCUGAUGGCAGAAAGUGACGCUUACGCCAACUUUCUUCCGGAUGCUGCCAAAAUGGAAUCUGAUGGCUUGGCCGUGGAGCAUGCUUUUGAAACCGGAUCCCUAGAAGGUGGUACAGCCUCUGAAUCUGGCCAGUCAUCUACAGAUGCCUUGCAAGGUGUGAGCGGGGACGGUAACAGCUUGUUUUAGUGAGUAACACUACAGCGCAUCAGCUAUUCUUUCCUCUUCCAAUCCUCCAUCGUAUCCCGGUCUUACCCUGGGCAUUGGUGUCAUCUGGGAACAAUGAAGUGUAUGUUUAUGAAGACUCCCGUUGAAUCUCGCUUCAGAAGCUGGUCAUUUUUAUUUCCUUAAAAAAAAAAAAAAAAAGUUUUUUGAUCGUACUUUGAGGCCCUCCCUGUCAUACGGCAGAAACGCAUUCCUGAAAAGGAGGGGCCUCUGGGGCUGUUUGUUGUAAGCUGAAGGGGAAAUGGUGUCUGGAAGCUCUUAUACAGUCUUAAAACACUGUCGUGAUCCUGAAUGUAUCUUUUUGGAGAAUCCAGAAGUUGUUGCUGGACAUAAGAUUGUAUUCAUCUGUUAUAUUAUAGUGGCUGUAUAUCUGCUUUCUGGACCCCAUUUCCUGUUUCUGCACAAACCUCUUUUGUUUUUAAAUUACUUUUUUCUUUUUAUAUUCAAACAAUAUUUGUAAUUUUUUUUUUGCCAAAUAUUCCACUUUUUAUCUUGCCAAGUAUCCCAAGUGGGGCAGUGUAUCAUUUAUGAUUGUAACGAAUUAGUAAGAGGCAGAUUAGUCUGUUUUGCUACAUCUGAAACUACUGUUGUUUGUUUAAAUCGAUGAAUAGUGAAUUGUUUUUCACAUGUUUUUGCAUUAGCAAAAUCCAAAAUCUAUUUUAAUCAUUUUAUUUUGGUAUAUUACCAAGGCUUAAUAUUGUUACUUUGGUUUACUUUAAUCAAAUCGCCACGAGUUUUUACCAUCAAUUAUCUCCAAAGGAAACCCCAAAACAAGCUUAAAAAUCAUUAAGGCCUUUUAAAUGUGUCUUUAUGUUUUUAGUAGUUUUGUAUAGACAGCACAUAGGUAUCUGUGUCCAGUGUAAAUGUUUGUGUAUGGAGGCUGCAGAUGGUAGUUUUUGAAGUGCUGUAUCUCACAGCUGACUGCUUCAUGCACCGAUUGCACAAGCGUGGUGCAUGCUGCCGCAUGACGCAUUCUGACAUGCUACGCCUCAGCGCCUCUGACAGAGAUGCACUAAACGCUCUGAUGAGUGCAGUAUUAGAGAUUGGCACUGAACGGGCAUCAGUGCCCCAGCUACGGUGGUUCCAAACCACCGAAGACCACUCUGAGAGUGGAAGCUGUUUUGUAGUCUGCUUUUUGAAAAGUGAGUUUUUAAUUGUUUCUCUCUUGAUGGUUUUCGGGUUUCAGAAGGAGAACUUUUUGAACUCCGUAAUGCCAAUGUAGAGCUGUUGUAACCCUAGGUUUGGAGAUGAAAGAAAGGUACCACGUCAUUUAAAGUGUAGUUGCACUCUUAAAAUAUUUAAGGAUGAGUUAAAAUUAGAUUCCCAAAGUAUAACCUGCAUCUUCAGGUGUUUUAAGCACACUUGCGUCAUGAAAUGCAGACUAGAUUGUUUGAAUUAUUGAUCAUGGUUGAAGAGAGGCUGCGAUUAGACAAGAUCAUCCCAGUUCAAAAUUAUAUAAAUUUGAACCCAAAAACGAAAUUAUUAGCACAUAACCCUGCCAUUUGUGGGGUUUAAAUGUUUACAUUUAUAUUUUUCCAUUUUUAUAACCUCUUCAUUUAAAAUGAUAGUUCACCCAAAAACACAAAGUGUCGUCUCUUCACCCAACCAUGCCAUUCCAGAACUGUAAGAAUUUCUUUAUUUUGUAAAACACAAAAGAAGGUAUUUCGAAGAAUGUUGGUAAGCCAAUUUGGUGACCAUUGACUUCUGUUGUAUGGAGAGAAAAAAAAAGAGAUUGCUGAAAAUACAUAAUACAAUAAAAAAAAAAAAAAAAGUUAUAAUUUAUAAAAUCAAAAGAAUCAAUAAUAACCGUUUUGGGUGAACCACUGAUUUAAAGUAAAAAAAAAAAAAAGGAAUCCUUUUUAAAAUAAAGUUUGUCAAAACGCUGCACUGGGAAAGGGGACAAAAGGCUUUUACCUCUCAGCCACGUGGUACGAUCCUAAGAGACUGCACCAAGUCUUAAUCAUAGUACGAUAGGAUGAGAAUGAGAUUUUUGCACAGAAAUCUGAACUGGAUUGUUCAGCAAUGCCUUAAAGAGUGGAAGUUCGUGCCUGGGAGUCUUACACAGCCAGUCUUUAACAGAGAAGUGAAAGAAAUUGUGGAAAGGGGAGGGCAUGGAAUGCCUGGAUGAUCCUGUAUGCAUGCAUGCAUGCGUGCUGGUGUGCUCCGCUACUUUUCCUCAGAGUUCGAGCCUCUUUUUUUUUCAUUUCCAUUUUUGGAGACACACGUGCUAAUGCCUGUGCAUUCAUGUGAGGAGGUUCACAGGAAAGCGAAAGCGUGCGCCGGAGGCAUGCUUUUUAUGUGUGUCCAUUUGUUUAUGUGUACGUGUUCAAAUGUAAGUCUGGUUUUUGUGUGCCAAAUGCACGUCUGAGAGAGGGUGCGUGGGUGGUGUUGGUGGAUGACUGUGGAAUAUGUGCAUUGUGUGUGUGUGUGUGUGUGUGUGUGUUGAUGGGUGGGUGGUUGGUAUGUGUGUAUGCAGAGAUCAGAGAGCUCUGUUUGUUUUUGUCUGACUCAGAGAAGGAGACAUACAGUGCAGACGCAAGCAGAGAGGGGAGGGAAUGUAUUGGUGAGGAGAUGGAUGCUCUCACACACACACACUUAAACACACAACUGGUGCAGUGAGCCAUUUCCCAAAUGGAGGCAUCAAACGGUACGCUUUGACUAAACAAACCAUCAGCUCACAUUGAAUCUCAUCUGAAUUGGCUUCUUUGGUUUUGUUUCUUCUGUGAAGAGUUUACAUGAAAUCAAAAUUGAUCCUGUUAAUAAAUAGUAAUUAUUCUAUUAAAUUCUAUUAAUAAUAAUAAAAAACAAUUUAUAUUUGAAGAGUUCAUUUGCAAAAACGAUAACCAUUUUAUUUAAUUUUUUUCAGAAAUCAUGUUGUUCUUUUUAAUUCCGCUUUCCAGUUAAUAUCAACCAAACUGCAGUUUUGAUUUAGUAAUAAUAAUUUAAAUAAAGGUAAUUUACUAAAUUAAAGUUCAUUGCAAGCAUGUUUUUAUAAAAAAAUUGACAUAUUAAACAUCUGUUUUAUAUCAAAAGCAGAUAAUCCAACAGUUGUUUUUUUUGGUGUUGGCAAAAGCAGGUAACUCCGCAUUUGAAAAGACAUGCAUGCAAAGCAGCACUUUGUCAAAGUAAAAAGUAGCCUUGUCUCCUGAAAUGAAUACAGCACACUUAUUUGCAAAAAUUAAUGUCUAUUCAAAAACAACAUUGCUGCUUGUCAGCUUCUGCUGUAAAAUGUGAACCUGUGAUGCUUUGAAAGUGGAAAACACCGUCUUUUUUGACAAAACGUGUUUAGGGUUCAGAUCACAGCAAUCAGCUUCUUUUUGAAAACUUGGCCUUUAUCGUUUUUGCAAAUAAACCGAUUCCAAUAUACUGUUACAUGUAUGUUUUCUUUUCAGCUGUUUGCUUUCAUUUUAAAUUACUGUUUACGAGGAUACUUGCAUAGACGGGCAUUUUGACACAUAGAAGUCAAGUACUCAUGCACUCUAUGAGCGGUGUCUUCAAGUGCACGUGCCACUCUCACAGCGCUCAAAAACACCAUGCAUAUUUAGCAAAAUGAAUUUAGUUGCUAAAUGCAUAAAAUAUGGAAUGCUUAAAAACGUCUGCAAACCGUAUGAGUUCAUGUAGCACUGCAACAUCCGCGAUCAUAUAACCAUGACAAUUUUACCAUAUGAUUGUGUCUACCCGUAUAUCACCCACCUAUGGUUUGUGUAUGAAGCUUCGUAUAUCUUACACUCACAAGAAACUGUACACGGACAUGACUUCACCCAACUUUUUUUUCUUUUUUUUUUCAAUAAUCUGUUUUACUCUGAAAUAAAAGCACUGAGAAAUAUGUUAAGGUCAGAAUUGGCGACAUACUUCUUCUGCAUACUGCAUUAAUCAAAGUAUGUAAUAACUUGCUCUGAAAACACUCUUUUAACGUUCAUACUAUAUUACAUUAGUGUAGCCAUAUUUGGAUUACUUUUUAAAUGUAAAGUGAACACUGCACCAAGUGAGCACAGUUAUACGUGUGUGUGUGUGUGUGUGUGUGUGUGUGUGUUAGCAUUCCAUUGUCUAAAAACCAGAUAAACGUGAUUUAAGGGUGAGUGCAUAAAUAUGUCUUUGUGGUGGAUUGUUCCUCAUUUUAAGCUUUUGAAAUGCAGCGAAGAGUAAAAAGAAAGAUAACAUCGGUCGACAUUUCUUCAUCCCUGUUAAAAUGUACAUGGAGCUGGAUCCUCUGAUGUACAGCUUGAUCCGACUGUUUUUUUUUUUUUUUUUGUACCAUCACAUUGGACACCCAGGUAGCGACCAGGAGUUUUUUUUAGGAAGCAGCCAGCAUGCAUGUUCAUGAGGGCUGGAUUUGUGAGGUUUUCAACCCAUGAAUCACUUCUUAAUAUGUUCUGCUCAGUGGUGCAUUGGCGAGAUUGAGUACACGACGUGCGCUGAACUCGAUGAGCUUUAGUGGAUUUACCCCGUGUAGAAUUUCAACCCCUGACCCGCACUGCGGGUUCAUGGUCUUUCGUGCAAAAUCCUUUCAUUUCAGCAAUUAAAGUUCCAGUAUUAUUAUUAGCAUGUUAUACUAAAGAUUCAUCUAUGUGCUUCGGACACUUUGAGAUGCACAACAAAAACAAAAGAGGAAUAAAAUGCAUGACAAACCGUACCUUUUGUUCUUACUAUCUAUGGUUUUGUUUUGUUCAAAUCUAGAAUAGUGCUUGGCCAUUAAGAUGCUACUAAUUUUUAACAUAGACUGUAGAGUUGCCAAGUGCUUUGUAAAGGAACCUCAUGAAAUUUACAGUAGCUAGGAGCAAGAGAGGCGCUAUAUAUUUUUGCUUUGCAUAUGACUGAAGUGCUGGGAAGGGAUGAGGGCCGCUGAAAAUAUCUAAGGGUAUGUACUGUAUUAAAAUAUCAUUUUUAAAGGGUGUUUGAAGCAGCAUAGAUGUAGGGAGUUGCGGUCUAUAUGAACUGCAAGCUGUAUUAUUACUUCUUUCUGUCUUAAAAAAAAAAAAAUAUCAUUUUUGUUACUGGAUUAGUUUACUGGUGCAGAUGAGCUUGAUGUUAAGUGCCACCUGGUGUCAGACUUGAUAAAUGCUGCAGGUAGAAAAGGAUACUGCCAUGCAGUUACUUCUCUUGACCAAUAAGGGACGGCAAAGAUUUAGGAAAUAAUUUGACACGAUCUUUAAUUUAAUAACCCCUUUCCAGCUGUGCUUAAAAUAUGUUUGAACUGCCAAAUAUAAGUAAAUGUUAUUGCGUUUAUUGAAACUAGAACAAAUUUCUCUGCUGGUGUUUACCAAUGUGACGAUCAAAACAUUCAAUACUUAAUGCGACACUUUAUUAACAAACAACCAAAAUGGGGAUUUGUGAAUAGCUAUCAGAAUUGUUACCCUCGUGAUUUAAUUUUUCUGUUCCAUUUGCUGAGAAACGUCCGUAGGAGUCUGCAAAUUGAAUUUGUAAAAUGGAUUGUAAAAUGUGUUAAAUGAGCUGAGAGUGCUGUACUCAUCAAUUUCCGUGGAUGUUUUUAAAACCAAGUUGUGUGUAUUUCGCAAGAGAGAGGGAGCGCCAUUGGGUGAGUGUUCACAGUUUGACUGUGAGCUCGUACCUUAUCAUAGGAGUCUUCAACAGAGGUCUGCAACCGACUUUGUGCGUGGGUUUGACUGCAAAAUAAAAAGCUAAAAAGUGUCCCCCCUCCAAAUUAAAUGAUAAAAACGUCAUUAUCUUUUUAUUUAAUGGCCAUUUCUUAUUUUAAUAGUUUUGCAAUAUAAGCGUCUUAUGUAAAUAAACGAAUAUGUUAAUAUUCGCAUGUUGUUGGCCAGAAAUGCUUGAAAUGCUACUCUCAAUUUCAUUUUCUGUCUCCGUAAACAGACUAAAAAUAAGUUGAAGACCCCUGUCUUAGCACCUUGAGCUCCCUCGCUCUUUCAGACUGUUGUAUCUCUUUUUAUUCUCUUUUUUCCAAAAAAUGUUAGAUUUCUUUUAAUUCUGACUUUUAGGGCUGGUUCACUCAGAGCUCUUUUUUGCAGUUUAAGCUUUCUCCUACGUCUUCGAGCACUGUGAUGCAUCUCGCUGAUUUUUCAGCAUCUCGUGCAUCCAAGCCCCAUUCCCAAAAAAAGUUGUUUCACUAUUAAGGCAAGUUCAGCUUUGAAGGCAAGAGCGAAUGAGGCACAAAUUCAAAUUGCAUUUAAAUCAUGUGAACAACUUACGCUAGAAAUAUCUAAGCUCACUUCAUCUCACAGUUCUAGGGAAGACAGAAGAAGUGCGGUGACAGACGCAAUCAAAAAGCCUCGGAUGAAGACAUACCUCUCCUAAUACAUCUUGUACAUUUUAUCCUUUUAAUAAGAUGUCCAUCAGGCCUGUUAAAUCUUUUUCAUCUUUCCAGCGCUCUCCUCCAGUAUAAACGCACUCCCUCUCUUUCUGUCUUCUCUCGUCUGCGGCCCGCCGCUUCACGUACUUCACUUUUCUGUGCGCUUCUGCGCUGCCGGCAACCUCAAAGACUUCUUACAGAUUUCAAAACAUAUAUUACUCUUUGUACAUCCCUGCCCACCAGAGACCAACGCAUGUGCGCACACACAAGCAGGUGUGUGGAUCUACCUCCUGACACCUUCAGCCAUACGUCCCUGGCCCCUGUGCCCUGAUACGGGUCAUGCGAUGCAGGAGACCCCUCGAGGUGCUGCCCUUGAGACGCUGUUACAGGAAAGAGACGUAAAUAGGGGGCAACUUUGAAUAUGGAAAGUGGUAGAUUAAUACCUCACCAGGGGCCGAGGAGCCCCAUCAGAAUGGCUCCGGAGAACAUGUCUCUGGUGUGGCCGCAGGGAUCCUGCAGCUAUUUUGUUUUGCAGUAUAGAUAUGAAUAUACAUAUAUAAAUACAAAUCUAUAUAUAUAUAUAUAUAUACUGUACAUUAUACAUAGAAACACUAAUGAAGUUUGAUUGUUAGUUGUGCACUCACAGCAUGAGAUGUUAUUCCCCAGAAACCGCUUUUUGGAAACAAAUGCAGUAGCGUCUACUGAUGUCAAACCCCUUCUUUACCCUUGUUCCCUCUGUGUUCCAAGUGCCAAUAACUUUGUGAAUUCCUUUACUGUGACCCAACGAGAAAGAAAAUUGCACAUUAACUACUGUAUAAAAAAAAUUAAAUAAUAAAAAUAAAUAAACAUGGAGAAAUGAUGAAAGUACAUCUUAAUAAAAAGCUUUGUAACAAA